AUGUCUGCUCUGAAUACCUCUUAUUUACGUCCAAAAGAAUUUUUUUUGAUUGGAUUUCCAGGAAUUGAGAGCUACCAGACUUGGAUUUCUAUUCCAUUUUGUGUCAUGUAUGUUUUAGCUCUUGUAGCUAACUUGUUGAUCAUCUAUACUGUAAAGUUUAAUCACAGUCUGCAUAAUCCUAUGUAUAUUUUACUUGCAACUCUGUCACUUGUGGAUCUUGCUUUGUGCUGUUUAACCACACAGAUUUUAAAGAUAUUUUGGUUUAAUGAGAGAGCUAUUGCUUUUGAUGCCUGCUUGUUUCAGAUGUUCUGUGUUCACUUUUUUUCAUCACUAGAAUCUUCAAUACUUGCUAUUAUGGCUUAUGACAGAUAUGUUGCUAUUUACAAUCCCUUGCGAUAUAUGUCAAUUUUAUCAUACAGAUUUUUAGCUAAACUAAUUCUAUCUCAUUUUCUAAGAGAUCUUAUCUUAAUAGGCUUGCUACCAAUCUUAGCUUCCAGGUUGCCUUUCUGUUCAUCUAACGUCAUACCUCAUUGUUACUGUGAUCAUAUGGGUAUUUUAAAAUUAGCAUGUACUGAUACAUCUAUGAAUAGUUACCUAGGCCUUUUUGAAAUUGCCUCUAUAUUUGGAUUGGAUGCCAUUUUCAUUAUAUUUAGUUAUGUAUUGAUUCUGAGAUCUGUUCUAAAGGUUGGCUCAAAGGAGGCAUUUCUUAAAGCGUUGAACACGUGUGGUGCCCAUUUGUUUGUAAUUUUGUAUUUUUAUACAACAUACCUAUUUAGCGUUUUAGUUUAUCGAACUGGCCAGAAAGUUCUCCCUGAAAUUCAUAUUAUGUUUGCUGUUUUAUACCUUCUUGUACCACCAGUUUUGAAUCCUCUUGUUUAUGCCAUCAGAACCAAGGAAAUCCGUCAUGCUAUUUUAAAAACUGUUUUCAAUAAAAACACCAACUCCAGAAAACAGUCAGCAAGGAGUUAAAAUAUUUAUUCGCUAAAUAAGGCUAAAUUUUAAUCUGUUUCACUCUGCAACUAUUACAGCUCAGAUCGUCAUAGUCUACCUGUAAUGGAAAAGAC